AUGUGGCGGGAGAGAACAGACACAGACUUGGCUAGCGAUGCUCCGUCCUGCUCCUAUAGUUGUGAUUCAGAGAGACUGAUGGUGCCUCAGGUUAACCCCCUAACAGGUGCUGCCUUCAGCCUGCCUUCUAUAGGAUCUAUCAACUGGAACAUGGACCCUGCGACAACACAGACACUCCCUGGCCUUCAUCCUCCUCACACUCUCCUAAUGUUAAACCAGACCUCAGACAAUGCCAGUGCCUCAACACUGAGUGGCUACACAAGCCCAUUAACAAAUGACAGUAGUAGAGAUGGAAUCAGUAAAGGUGGCGGCGCCAAAGAGAAGCGCUUUCCGUGUUCGUUCUGUGGGAAAGCCUUCAGUUUCCCCAAUCAGGUGAAGAUCCACCAGAGGAUGCACACGGGGGAGAAACCGUUCGGCUGCCACUUGUGCCGGGACAGCUUCUCCCAUUUGUCCAGCCUGAAGCGGCACCAGAGAGUCCACACAGGGGAGAAACCAUACAGCUGCCCCCAGUGUGAGAAGAGUUUCUCCCACCAGCACCGCUUGAAGAUACACCUGAAGAUCCACAAGGGAGAUGGGCCGUUCACCUGUACACACUGCAGGAAGAGGUUCUCAGAGAGGAGCUUCCUCAGGAUACACCAGCAGAAAAUGCACAUGGCCCAUGUAUAGAGUAUAGUGACAUGUAAUAUAGUACUAGUUAGUUUGUUUGUAGUUAAUUCUGUUGGUUUUGAAUGUAGUAGGGAACUGGAUGAGGUGAACUGAGGAAAGAAUGAGUAUGAUGAGGCAGAGUAGAUGAUAUGGUGGUGGUUGGUGGCAUGGUGUCUGUAAAAAAUGUUCACUGAUGGAAAGUGACAACUAUGUCCCUUUAGGUUGAUACAGGUGUUUUAUAGUGAGAUAAGGAUGGUGCCUUAAUUCAUGUUUACUUGACAUGAUGUAGUGAAGAUUUCUGUAAUGUGAUGUUGAACCUUUUCCAAAGUCUUGUAAAAUUAACUUGAUCAAAGUGAAGGUACCAGAUUGACAGAAAAGGUAAAGUGUUACCAUAGUGAAAAAAGAUAUUCUACUUGCCACGUAUCGAUUUGUGCAAUAAAAGUACUGUACUUCAC